AUUAUUUUGUAGUAGGAAGUCUAGGAAUGUAAAAAUGUACUAAUACGGUAAAUUUUUAUCUAUGGUGAAUAUAGUAAAUACAUAGAGUGAAAAGUGAAUAGAAUAUAGAUAAAAUUCGCAUUGAUAGAGAGGUCGUCACCAUGGAGAGUGCUUGCCGUAGAAUUUUUACAUUUUGAUUACGAUUUUUAAGUAAUUUUUAUUUAUACUGCCGUAUAAAAGUUUGUGUAUAUUAUUAAGUUUAACGUACAAUACGAAAUAUUAACAGCUGAAAAUGUUGCGUCAUUGUAGAACGAUAUUAACAAAAAAAAAUUGAAAUUUUGAAAUAAUAUUAGUUAAUAGUAAAGAUUUCAGCAUGAAUGGAGCAAUGGAACAUCGAACACCUGGACAUAAUGCUGUACUUCACAAGGCACCAAAGAAUUAUAGAUUACUUAUAGAUCCAUUUCUUGUAAAAGGUGCAACAAAACUUUAUAGAUAUGAUGGUAUUGUCCCCGGGGAUCAGAGUUAUCCCCCUGUACAAUGCCGAGAUCCUAGACCACCACUCUCCAGAAUGUGGAUCAAAUUUGAACCAGCUGAUUUGCCAAUACCUAGAUUUAGAAUAGACAAAAAUUAUGUGGGAACUCCGCCAGCAGUUGAAAUUACAAUUGCAAAUGUAAAUGAUAACAUUGAUAAGGCCUUUCUCUCAGAUAUGAUUAAUAAAAUUGGUCCACAUGAGGAAUUAACAAUUUUUUACCACCCAGUAACAAAUAGACAUCUGGGAUUUGCACGAGUUGUAUUUCAGGAAGUAAAACAUGCUAAAUUGUGUAUAGAUAAAUACAAUGGAAAGUCUGUUAUGGGCCAGGUGCUAGAAGUUUAUCAUGAUGCCUUUGGGAAGAAAUGUCAUGAAAUGUAUGACGAUAAAACAUUAGACAAGAGACUUCAUGUAGUUAAACCAACGCCACACUUGGAAGAUGCACGACUUGCUAAAAUUGAUCUGUCACUUAGUAAGAGGUUGGAGGAUGCUAAGCUCGUGGAAAAGGAUUCAUACCGCUACAAGGAAGUAGAACACAGUGACAGCAAUACUAAAUGGUCGGACGAGGAGCGCGAGUACAGGCACCAUCGACAUCGGCAUCGGAGCGAGCGAGACCGCGACCGCGACAGAGACCGAGACAGAGAUCGAGACCGAGACCGGGACAGAGAUCGAGACCGGGACCGGGAUAGAGACAGAGAGCGGGACCGAGACCGAGAUCGCGAUCGCGACGAGAGUGAGCGAGACAGGGAUAGAGACAAGGAUAGGAACCGACACCGCCUGCGCCACGCUCGCAACACGGCCGACAACUCGGACACGUACGCGGCGCUCGCUCAGCCCGCGGUGGCCCCGCCGCCCUCCCCCACUCCGUCCCCGGCGGUGGUCGCCCCCGCCCCCGCCCCCACACCCGCCCCCACACCCGCCCCCACACCCGCUCCCAUCGGCUACGACCCCUACUAUCAACCCGGGUACGGGUACGGGUACGGCGCAGGGGCCACUCCCGGCUCCAGUGUGUGGUGGGACUGGCGACACGCGGCCACCCCGGGGGCCGGCCACACACCCUUGGCCACGCCUCAUACGCCCACGACCACGCCCCUCACGCCGCAUUACCACACUCCGGAGUCAAAGACGAAGACCGACGAGGCUCAGCCACCCAAGGAGACGUCGUGUGAACCGGAACCUAAGCCCCCGCCACCCGUUGAUGAUCACAAGAAUGUCGAUUUGGAUACCAGAAUUGCUAUGUUGCUGAGGGGCGCGAGUAGCGGGGGAGGACUGGCGCCUCCGUUCCUGGCACUCGGUAUCUCCUCGGAGGAGGAAGACGAGAACCGGCUGCCAUCCAAGAUACCAGACCUGGACGCGCCGCAACCACCUUCAGAUGAUGAAGGAUCGUUGAGCGAGGACCGGGAGAGCAUUAUAUCAGUAAAAGACGAUGGCGAUAUGAUCGCGGAGCCGCUGUCCAGGACACCUUCGCCCUACCUCGACCGAGACCACUAUCUGGAGUGCAUCAGGCUCACCAUCAAACGGCAACUGGAAGAGGAGGAAAGAUUAAAGCUGCCUCAGGUUGACAAAAUAGGUUCAGAUAUUUCAUCUUCCGAAGAUGAGUUGUUGACGGGGGCGAAGCCUCAGGGUUCCCCUACGCCGCUGGACCACGGCGUCGACAACUUGAAUGAUGAUCAGAUGUCGCUGUCGUCGCUAUCAUCGACGGAGGCCAAGAUAGAGGAGCAGGUCCCGGCGGAGGGGUACUUCUACCCGCAGACGAGCGUGCCGCAACACCACUACUAUCAUCACCCGAUGUACCCGCACGCUACGCCCGGUGCGUACCCGGGGACACCGUACGCAGGCAUGCCAGUGGGACACGUGAGUGGAGUGUCUGCCGUCCCCGGAGUCCCUGGAAUCCCUGGUGUUCCCGGAGUCCCAGGAGUCCCAGGCGACAUGUACUCGUUCCCGCCUCCCAUCAUCCCACACUACAACCACAACGCGCGUCCCACCGCCACGCCACAGGAGUCAGACAACCCGCACUACCCGACGAUAAGCUGCGUGAUAGAACGAGUGACUUCAGAGCUGAAGCAGAUCCUUAAGAAGGACUUCAACAAAAAGAUGGUGGAGAGUACCGCGUUCAAGAGCUUCGAGCUGUGGUGGGACGAGCAGAGCAGGAAGAGCAGAGCUAAGCCCGCGAAGGAAGCGGGGCAGCCGCUGCAGGACAUUUCGAACAAGAAAGAAGAAUCAGUGGACUCCAUAAAGUCUAUCAUGGAAUCUCGUGAGAUACUGGAGCUAGGUGCCUACGGUGCGGGCAUCGGUCUGGGGCUGCGUGCCACUAUUCCUAAAAUGCCGAGCUUCCGACGCAAGAGAAUCCCCUCGCCGGUCCUCAUGGAUGAGGACUCCUCGAAAAGGCUCAGCGAUCAGGAGGAGAUAGUCCAAAACUCUGAUGAGGAGAAGGAAGUGCCAAGCAGUCCUCGAAACAGGAAUGUGGGCUCGUACCUGUCUACGAGAAGAAGGCACUCCACCAGCUCUUCCAGAUCUUCGUCGUCUUCGUCGCGGUCGUCGUGGUCGGAGUCUGCGUCUCGCCCCGCCGCGCCCCGGAUAUACUCCGACACGGAUGACUCCGACCUCGACGAGGCACAGUAUGAGCAAUUCAAAGUCGUGUCAAACAAGGAAAGACUGCGUCGGGUAUACUCCUCAUCGUCAGACAGUGAAGAAGAAUUGCGAAGAAGAGAGAAAACUCCCAUACCUCCUGUGGAAGCUUCGCCGGACGAUCGGCUGGGAUCUCCAAUUUUGUCUCCAGAGCCUCCUCGAGACCUGAUGCUGGACAGGGUUUACUCCGACUCAGAGGAGGAGAGAGAGUAUCAGGAGAAGAGAAGGCGGAACACGGAGUACAUGGCGCAAAUCGAACGUGAAUUCCUGGAGGAGCAGAGACAGAUGACUGAGAUUGAGAAAGAGAGAGACAAACCGCCCGAUGAGAGUAUACCUGACAAACCCGAGAGAAGUCCGAGCCCACUCAGGAAUCAUAUCUCGUCUCCGGAGAGGAAACCGCCGGAGAAUGCGCCCAUCACCUCGGAGGAAGAGCCACUCGACGCUCGGCGGAAGAAAGAUAGGAAAAAGAAGAAGAGAGAUAUGUCUGUUAGUGACAGUUACACGGAUACGACCAUCAGUGUCAAUGGAGUCAAGGAUACGCACGAGCUCGAGGACCGGUCGGCCACGUCGACGCCCGAGUCGCAGGUGUCCCAGGCGUCGCAGGCGUCGCAGGUGGCGCUCGACCACUCGUACUGCCGCCCGCCCGCCUCCCCGCCGCGCGAGGACCCCGCCUCCAACCACCUGCACCACGACCAUGGGUAUACGUGGAUUACGGAACCGGAAGCGGGUGCGGUGAUCACUACGGAAGACAUCAUAUCGAAAGAGAAAACGAAGAGGCCCUACAAGCGGAAACACGAAACUAAGAAACUUGCAGAAAUUCAGAAUAAAUUGCACUCGACGGCGCACGUGCACUCCGGCGUCACGUUCGUGCCGCGGGACAUGAUGGCCGAGAUGCAGGUCAUGUACGAGUUCCUGACGCGCGGCGUGGACCGCGAGGACAUCGAGUUCCUGCGGCGCGCCUACGACGCGCUGCUGGCCCAGGACGAGCAGGGCUACUGGCUCAACGACACGCACUGGGUGGAGCACCCGCCCACCGACCUGUGCUACACGCCGCCCAAGAAGCGCUCCAAGCGGCACACCAACAUCUACGAGGAUCUGCAGGGUCACUCGAGCGGGUCGGCGCGAACGGAGGGCUACUAUAAGAUGGACGCGCGAGUGAAGGCGAAGUACAAAUACCACCACGGUCGCACCGACAAGUACGCCGCCGUGUCUCUGGGCGACGAGCGCGCGCGAGCCAACAAGAUGCAACUACUGUCCAGGGAGGCUCGCUCCAACCAGCGAAGACUGCUCACCGCCUUCGGCACAGAUACAGAUUCCGAUCUACUUAAAUUCAACCAGCUGAAGUUUAGGAAGAAACAACUGAAGUUUGCUAAAUCCGGCAUUCACGAUUGGGGACUGUUUGCGCAGGAGCCAAUAGCAGCCGACGAGAUGGUGAUAGAGUACGUGGGUCAGAUGGUGCGGCCCAUUGUGGCGGACCUGCGGGAGGCGCAGUACGAGGCGACCGGCAUCGGCAGCUCGUACCUGUUCCGUAUCGACCUAGACACCAUCAUCGACGCCACCAAGUGUGGCAACCUCGCGCGGUUCAUCAACCACAGCUGCAAUCCUAACUGCUACGCGAAAAUAAUAACGAUAGAGUCGCAAAAGAAGAUCGUGAUAUACUCGAAGCAGCCUAUCGGUAUUGACGAGGAGAUCACUUACGACUACAAGUUUCCGCUGGAGGACGAGAAGAUCCCUUGCCUGUGCGGCGCGGCGCAGUGCCGCGGCUAUCUCAACUAGAGAGUCGGUGUCAGCCUAGGUAAGUUUGUAUCUACAUACACACUUAUUGGUGAGGCGAGAGGCGCGAGUGGGGUCGUGGCGGGAGAAUACCGACUUCAAAAAUGCGAGUGGGCUCCUGUAAUUGACUCUUACACAGGAACUAUUUAUGUGCAAUAUUUAAGUUUAAGAGUAUA